GCGACGAGACUAUCCCAGCUCAUCGUCCGGAUACGCAAUUGGGUCCGGCGAAGUCGCGCCACGGCCAUCGGGCGGAUCAUUUCGGUUCUGUACGAUGGCCCUCGCGCUGCACGCUACGCCCGCGCCAGUGCCCCGGGGUCCGAUUCAGGUCGCACCCAUGCCCUUAGCUCCGCUCGCCACCGUGAACGACGACCUGCUAAACGCUGUCACCGGCUUUUUAGCCGUUGAAGAUGUCCUCGCUGCGGCUGCCACGUCCCGCGCCAUGUUCCGCUCGAUCCACGAUCACACGACGUACUGGCGGGACCUGGAGCUACAGGGCGCCACGUCAGAGCUCCUGCAGCGGCUUGUCCCGUUCGCGUCGGUCAUGCGCUGCGUGCGCUUCCGCAAGUCGACCGCCUCGACCGACGCGUGGCUCGCGUUCGCGCAGCACACACGCGACCUCAUUGUGCUUGACGUCUCGGGCAGCAAGUAUGUUACGGACGACGUCUUUCGCAUCUUUUGCGCGCGCAGCGCUGCGACGCUACGCGAAGUCGCCGCCGACAACUGCUCGUGGAUCUCGACGCUGGCACCGAUGCUGCCGUUCGCGCCGUCGCUGCGCGCGCUGUCGUUCAACCGGUGCCGGCAACUGGUCACGGGCGACGUUCUUGACGUUGUCGUCCUGGCGCCGCACCUAGUGUCGCUCGAGCUCAAGGGGAAUCCCAAAGUGAGUCAGUCGACCGUCGUUAUGACUGCCAUUGCGACGUGCCCGCAGCUCAAGGUGCUGACGCUCGGCGGUAGCGGGCGCUACACAAAAGAUGUCAACGCCGAGUUCAUCCAGGCGUUUUCGACGCAGAACCAAGCGAUCGCGCUCGAGUGCUUGGAUCUCUCGUGCAGCAACCCGUUUGGCUCGCGGUCACCGCUCGCCGACGACGGCCUCGUGCCUCUCUUGCAGCUGUGCCCUAAUAUGCAAGCGCUGUACCUCAAGGGCCAGUCGAACCUCUCGAGCCACAUUUUCAGCGCGCUCCCGCCGCGAAUCAAGACGCUGGACGUCACAGGCUGCGCACUGGUGACUGCAAACCUCGAUGGCCUUGCUUGCCUUCCAUUCCUGGAAGAGCUCGUGCUCUAUGCGUGCAACAACGUCACGGACGAUGCUCUGCUCCGCCUCAAGGUUACGCACCCCCACCUCGUCAAGGUGGAUGUCGAAGGAUGCACUGCUGUCUCGGCGGAAGUGCGUGACCUGUUUAGUUAGUGUGAAUUGUACCCUCUUAAUAUUUAUACGAAUGAAAAAAUGACCAACGAUUGCGACUUGA